GUCCUGGUCGGCCACAUCGUGCACCACUGCCAGCUGCUGCGCUUCGGGCUCUCGGUGCUCGACAAGGUCUGGGCUUUCAUGUCCGAGAGCGGUGGCAAGGAGGUUCGCCUGUGGGCGUCCGUCAGGUGGGAGCUGGAAGUGCCCUCCUGGCUCGUGUUCCUGGCCGAGGCCCGGCUCAGCGCAGAGCCUGCCAGCAUCGCCUUUUGUGGCGACUCCUCUGCCGUGGGCUACGCGCUGCACGUCACGUCCGUCUCGGGGCCCGAGUUUCGGGCCGUGGCACGCUACCGAGAACGGUGGCGCUUCGACGCAGUCGAGCGGAGCGACGACGGCUGGGGGGCCGUGGGCAGCUGGACAGCUGAGUGGCGGGCCUCGCCAGAUCCAGCGGGGUCGCUCAGCGGCGGCCCCCGAGACCUCGGCGGCGGACCUGCGAUUCGCUGCCGCCCGUGGCGCGACAUCGAGACGGUGGAGCGGCCGGCCGAGGAGGUGGGGAUCCCGCCGCUGCCCGACGCGCUGCUCGCGAGCCAGCGCUGGGCGAUGGUCAUCAAGGGCGCGUGGCAGCACGACGGGGUCAUCCAUGAGAAGGAGGGCCGGGUGCUGCUCAUGGGCCUGGUGCGGGCCUCGAGGUGUGUCGGCCUCCACGGGAAGAGAGUUCUCUCGAUUGGGGACAACCUUUCGAGCCUCUGCAGCUUCGAGAAGGGGCGCUCAGGCAGCUUCGCCCUCCGGCGCCUGUGCCAGCGCGCCGGGGCCCUCUCCAUCGGGUGCGAGCUCGACUGGUCCCUUCGCUACGUGGAGAGCAAGAGGAACCCGACCGACUUCGACUCGAGGGCGGCCGACCGAGGCGAGCUGGCCGCCGGGUGCUCCGUCGCUGGCCGGCACGGCCGAGCGCAUCAGUUCGUCGUGGAGAUCUUCGCCGGCUGCGCCGCCUUCUCCGCCGCCUGUCAGGAGGCCGACCUCAACAUCGGGUGCCCCAUCGAGAUCUCGAGGGGCCCCCACAUGGACGUCACGAGGCAGAGGACCCAGAGGCACAUCAAGGGCUUGGUCAAGCAGGGGCUCGUGUGCGCGUGGUCUGGGUCGGUCCUCGACGUGGAGCUACCAGAUCGAGAUCGGCGACGUGCUGCUAAGGCGGCCUCUCGCCGGGCCGCCGCGGGACACGACCCCGGCGACCGGUUCCUGGAGCGCAAGACCGUCGGGAAGGGGACUCUGGUCAACUACGAGACGUGCUCGUCGGACUUCGUCCACUGGGCCAGCCAACAGGCCCCGCCCCGGGCACUGGCCCCGCUCGAGCAGCUGGACGCCAGCCUCUCCGCGUACUUUGACUUUCUCUUCUUCGACGGUUGUGAGCCGUGGGCUGGCCGGCACACCUUGUUCGGCUACGCCCACCUGCAUGGCAUCGUCGCGCCCUCGCGCAACUUGCCACACGCUGUGAAAGCUCUGGCGGGCUGGGUGAAAGCCUGCCCAGAGCUCAGCCGUGACCCGUGCCCCUGGGAAGUGUUCGCCGCGAUCGCCGACCACUGGCUGGAGCUGGGCACGACCGAGUCCAUCCUUGCCGCCGCCUGCGGCGCCUUGCAAUUCGACACCUACCUUCGCCCGGCGGCCGCGGUCAGCCUGUCCCUCGAGCACGUGGUGUUGCCCUCAGGUAGGGCUGGCGACCGCUAUGACAAGCGCCUGUUCAACGAACUCCAGCUGUCCUCCUACGAGCGCCUGUUCCGCGAGGCCAGCCACCGACUAGGGCUGGCAGCGCUGAAGGUGUCGCCGCACACGCUGCGACACGGUGGCCCGUCUCUCGACUACUUGAACGGCCUUGCCACCCUCCCUGUGCUGAAGAAGCGCGGAGGCUGGCUCAGCGACCGCCCCGUGGCAAGGUAUGGCAAAGAGGGACGUCUCUUGAGGCAGAUCAGCCGCCUUUCGCCUGCACAGCAACAGCAGUUCAGGCGUGCCGCCAGCCGCCUCAGACAGAGGCUGCUCUGCGCCACGGGAGUUCGUUUCCAGACUAGCGCCUGA